ACAUCUGUUGUGCCAACGGGUGCCCACAUGCAGUCAUUUCAAAAUUUUGAAGGACAGAAAAACAAAUAAAGAUGAAGUGUGACACAGAUGUAACAGCCAGAAGUACAAAUAAAUAUGAUGGAAGUCCUGAAGGACUUGAUUUGAAGAAGGUCCAAGGCUGUCUGGAUAGUGUACUGUCUGUGACACAGAGUUACCUCCCUUUCUGCAAUGCGCAUUCCAAUGACUUCAUCAUUGAAAGUCACUGGGACAACCACAUUCCUCCUUGUAUCAGAGAAGAGCUCCUACAUAUGACAGAUCAAGAACUCUGUGACUUUCCAGCUAAAUAUAUAGACAUGUUAGAAAAUCAUGUUAAAGCUGUAGACAGCAGUGAUAACAGAAUAGUCAAAGGAAGUUCCAAGUGGAUCCAUGAGGACCUUAAUUCCUACCUACAAGCUGUAUGUGGCACCAACCUCAAGUCACUUGGUGUUUUGGUAGAUAUUGAAUAUUUGUUCAGUAAAACAGGACAGGUCAAAGAUGAUCUCCAAAUUAAGAAUUUCAUGACAAAUAAGAAGUCACAUGAAGUGGACAUUAUGACUUGUGUGGGUUCCAGACUAGCCAAUACUAUGGGAACUGAUGUGAUCGUUGAUAUGGGUAGUGGGAAAGGGUACCUUAGCACACAGCUUGCUCUCAAGUGUCAUAAGACAGUGGUAGGCAUUGAUGCUCAGAUGAUCAACACAAAAGGGGCCAUAAAAAGGGCCAAAAUCCUCACAAGACAAUGGAAGGGCCUGGUUCGCAAUGCCCAGGAGCUUCAUGAUACAGGGGUUGUCACAAAAAAGAGCAAGAAAUUGAAAAAGAAACUUAAAAAGGAAAGAAUGUCUGCCAUGAUGGUGGGAGAGGGGGAUACGAAAAAAGCUGAGAAAAUGAAGACUACUUGGGAGGAUUUUGAUGGAUUGGACACAAUAUUUGGAGAGGAGAACAAUGAAGCAUUUGUUGAAAGUGCAAUGUCUACUGAGGAUUCUGUGAGAGAACAAAGAAUAUCUGCAUCAACUGUCUGCAGACAGUCUCCUCCUGGUACACCGGGCAGUACAGUUACAUGUUGGUCUGAAAACCAACUAAACAUGGGAGUAGAUAUAUCAACCAAAUCUGAAAUAGAAAAUUUUAGUAACAUGACACUUGAAGAGGCAAAACACGAUGUAAGUAGUUCUUCAAAGAUUUGUAGUUCAACUCAUGGAAUAAAAGACCAAAAGUUCCUUCCUGAAAUAGCGUUAGAAGUUGCACAAGUGCCAAGCAUGGCAGUUAAGACAGAAAAUCCACACUUUGACUCCAAAGUUUCACAGAAGAAAAGACAAAAAACUCCAGACAAAAGUCAAAAACCUAGGACAUAUCUUCCAUAUGUCCCCCUCACACUUUUUGUAGAUACAUCUAUGGACCUAAUGAAAGUUGUGUCCGAGGCUCUGUCAGAUCAUCCUUCAUCAUCUAGUGUUAUGUGUGACAAACCAGGGGAGACAACUCUCAUGUUGACAGGUCUACACACAUGUGGGGCCUUAGGAUCCAGUAUGCUUGAGCUAUUUGUCAACAACCCAACAGUAAAGGUGCUGUGUGGGGUGGGCUGUUGUUACCACAGCAUGAGGGAGAUGUUUGGUCUCGAGUGCCAGCAGUUUGAAAAUGAUUUCCCUGUAGGAUUUCCAAUGAGUUGUUACCUAAGGGAUAAGAAAGUGUACCUUGGGAGGAUUGCGAGGAACUUUGCCUCCCAGUCUAUCUACAGACAGGCACAGGACUCAGAGUUGUCCUUCGCCACUUUUCCUCGUUGCCUUCUCCAAAAGAUCCUUCUGGAUGUAGUUGGUCACAUAGAUCCAGACUGGAAGGGUCUACGAGGACUGGGAGAUAUAACCCCAGAUAUGUACCAGUAUGUAGUGAAGGCAUUCACCAAGUUAGGACUUCCAACAGACAAGAUAACACCAGACCUUGUCGAGGAAUACUGUGAUAGAUACAAGGAUGAUAAAAGAAAGCUGGCAGCCUUCCGCCAACUCAAGUCUGUGUUAGCUCCAACCAUAGAAGCACUAGUACUGUUAGACAGGGCAUGUUACCUCCUGGAACAGGAGUGUGUUGGUGAAGUUUACAUGGUUCAGAUGUUUGACCCAGUUAUCUCCCCUCGUUGCUACGGUAUUGUUUCAAUAAAGAAAUCCCGAUGACGACUGUCGCCACAUGUACUUUGUUCUUAAUAAUGAUGUGAGGUAAAUGUUGGUCUGUGGGAUUUAGCGUGUAGAAGAAUGGAAGACAAAUCUCGUGUCCCA